AUGAUGAAUUUAGCUCAAACCCUCCUCCACAACCCAUCUUCCAUCAAAACGAAGUCCCAAGCCAAGCAACUCCACGCCCAACUCAUCAAAACUACAAGAACCGCCUCUCCCUCUAUCUCCUCCACCAUUCUCUCCAUCUACUCCAACCUCAACCUCUUACAUGAAUCCCUCAUUGUCUUCAACACACUUCACUCACCACCCACUGUAGCUUGGAAGUCCAUAAUCAAGUGUUACUCUUCCAAUGGUUUUUUUGCAUGUUCCUUAGCUUCUUUCAUCGAAAUGAGGGCUUUAGGGAAGUACCCAGAUCGGAAUGUGUUCCCUUCUGUGCUAAAAUCUUGUGCGCAUUUGGGGGAAUUGAGGCUUGGUCAGUCUGUUCAUGGGUGUAUAAUAAGGCUUGGUAUGGAUUGUGAUCUUUACACUGGAAAUGCACUAAUGAGCAUGUACUCAAAAUUGCCUGACUUAGAUGUUGAUGGUGGGCGUAGGUUUAAUGCGUCUCAGGUGUUUGAUGAAACUUCUGAAUCAAAGCAACAUAGUGGAGAUGACUCCAAUAUCGAACUCUUUGAAAAAUGGAUUCUGCCUGUUGGUUCUAAAGCUAAUUUGAAUAAAGCAAGUGAUUCGUUGGCUCAAACUGACAAACAAAGAGAAGAUUUCGAGUUUUCGGUGGGAGGGAGAAAGAAAGGGACUAUAAGAAUGGAGAGUAUGAGCAAAGUUUUUGAAAUGAUGCCUGAGAAAGAUAUAGUUUCAUGGAAUACAGUCAUUAUGGGCAAUGCUAAAAAUGGGAUGUAUCAGGAAGCUCUAAUGAUGGUGAGAGAUAUGGGGAAUGCAAACUUGAAGCCUGAUUCUUUCACUUUGUCUAGUGUGCUUCCUAUUUUUGCAGAAUAUGUGGAUGUCUUGAAGGGAAAGGAGAUUCAUGGAUAUGCUAUUAGACAUGGGUUUGAUGAGGAUGUGUUCAUUGGAAGUAGCUUGAUUGACAUGUAUGCGAAUUGUACUAGGGUGGAAGAUUCAUGUAGACUGUUCGGUUUGUUGCCUAAACGUGAUGAUGUUUCAUGGAACUCAAUUAUUGCGGGAUGUGUGCAGAAUGGACUGUUUGAUGAAGGCCUGAAAUUGUUUAGGCAGAUGUUGGUGGCGAAAAUUAAGCCUAUGCACAUUUCAUUUUCAAGUGUAAUGCCUGCUUGUGCUCACUUAACCACAUUACAUUUAGGGAAGCAGCUACAUGGAUGCAUUAUUAGGGGCGGAUUUGGUGAUAAUGUCUUCGUAGCUAGCUCACUGGUGGACAUGUAUGCAAAAUGUGGGAACAUUAGGAUAGCCCGGGGGAUUUUCAAUAAGAUGGAGCUACAUGACAUGGUGUCAUGGACCGCAAUGACAAUGGGGUAUGCAUUGCAUGGGUUUGCCCAUGAUGCCAUCUUGUUAUUUGAGCAAAUGGAGAAGGAGGGAGGAAAACCUACCUAUGUGGUGUUUAUUGCUGUUUUGACUGCUUGUAGCCAUGCUGGAUUGGUUGAUGAAGCUUGGAAAUAUUUUAACAGCAUGACCCAAGCUUAUGGUAUCACCCCAGGCAUAGAGCACUAUGCUGCUGUUGCAGACCUUCUUGGUCGAGCAGGAAAAUUGGAGGAAGCUUACCAAUUUAUCUCUAGCAUGCAUAUUGAGUCAACAAGCAUUGUUUGGUCGACAUUGUUGGCUGCUUGUAGAGUACACAAAAAUGUUGAAUUGGCUGAGAAGGUUGCCAAAGAAAUAUUUACAGUUGAUCCUGAGAAUAUGGGAGCUUAUGCUCUCUUGUCAAACACAUAUUCUGCUGCUGGGAGAUGGAAAGCAGCAGCAAAGUUGAGAAUUCGUUUGAGGGAUAAGAACAUGAGAAAGAAACCUGCUUGCAGCUGGAUUGAAGUCAAGAACAAAGUACAUGCUUUUGUGGCAGAUGAUACAUCACACCCAUAUUAUGACAGAAUAUGUGAGGCACUGGAAGUUCUCUUAGAACAAAUGGAGCGAGAAGGGUAUGUUCCAAACACCAAUGAGGUAUUACAUGAUGUUGAGGAGGAGCAGAAGAGACAUUUAUUGAGUAGCCAUAGUGAAAGACUUGCAAUAGCAUUUGGUAUUAUUAGCACCCCUGCUGGGAUGACAAUUCGUGUUACAAAGAACCUUCGGGUUUGUAUAGACUGCCAUACAGCAACAAAGUUCAUAUCAAAGAUUGUGGGAAGAGAGAUAAUUGUGAGAGAUAAUAGCCGAUUUCACCAUUUCAAGGAUGGGAAGUGUUCAUGUGGAGAUUACUGGUGA